GCUCAUCGUCUUUGACGGUUGUGCGUUGGAUUUCUCGUCUGAAUGACUUUCUGGCCAACCAAGGACAAGAAGCACUCCUCAAGGCUCUCCGAUCCAGUUUUCCCCGCCUGAAGAACUUCCUCAAGGACGUGGAGGUUCUCCCAGAGGGCACCUUGGCUCUACGGCCGAGGCAUCGCGUGGUCAGCUCCAACGUGAGGGAGAUGAUGGCCAGCGGCAACCUGGUGAUCCUCGUGGUGGUUUGCCUCGGCAUGAACACGAUGGUCGUCUUCUACAACCUGGUGAUCCCCGUGGUGGUCUACCUCAGCGCGAACACGAUGGUCGUCUUCUACAACCUGGUGAUCCUCGUGGCGGUAUACCUCAGCGCGAACAUGAUGGUCGGCUUCUACAACCUGGUGAUCCUCGUGGUGGUUUUCCCCGGCAUGAACAUGACGGUCGUCUUCGGCAUGCUGGUGAUCCUCAAGGCGGUCAGCUUCACCGUGAAGGCAAUGAUGGUCAUCAACGUCAUGGUGAUCUUCGGGAAGUGCCUAGUCAGCCAAUGGAGGUUUCGCAGCUUCGAGGAUCCGAUCAACGAGGUCUUGAACAACAUGUGCACUCUCUGCUUGCCACAACUGGAAGGCCGUCUACGACUACAGCGGUCUCAGAGCGAGAGACUUCUGGAAACGUUGGCAGAGGGUAUGCAACAGUUGCAGAAGGCGCAGCUGGACCAGUUCGAGAGGGCGGAGAAGCGAAAGAAUGAGGAACCUCCUGAGCAGUGCAAGCCUGGGACUACGUCGUUGCCUUCUCUACCUCCGCCUAGCGGACACGAAAGCGCUGUGGCACUUCAAGACUGGAUUGAGGUCAUCGAUGGUCCUCUUCGGGAUAUUUCAGACAGCAGUUCUUGGUGGUGGGACGCGGUGAAGGAAAGGGCUCAGAAGGGUUACCAGCUGUGGGUGGCCUCGGGACCUUACGAAAGACUAUCCCUGAAACCGCCAACUGCUGAUGAUCUCGAGCAAGGUCGCUUCUCGAGGUUGAGCGCAAGGACGGCGGGAAUGAUGCUGCAGGCCAUGACGGAGGGAGUUCGAGCAGAGAUGGUUGCGAGGGCAAUUACUCGUUCACCUAUGGCUUUGUUGUUUAGAUUACACACCAUGUACCAGCCGGGGGGUGAGAGUGAGAAGGCCUACAUCUUGCAGUACCUCGUCAACCCUCCAAAGGCAGCCUCGGCAACCGACUUGGUUAGCGUGCUUCGACAAUGGGAAAGACUUCUUUUGAGGGCAGACAACUUGCACAUUGCGAAACCAGAUCCUUCCUUGCUGGUUCGUGGGUUGAACGGCUUGGUGUCAGAUGGCCAAGGACAAGGAUGUGAUGUUCCGUACACAGCUUGUGAAGAGCAGGCUGGGAGUGGAUGUGAGUCCUACGUGGGAGUCGGCCUUACAGUUGCAUCAACACUUGAGGGCGGAGUCAGAGAACCUUGUGAAUGGUCUUCCCUCUGUGGUGAGAUCUUCUGUGACUGCGACCGAGUCACAGCGUGA